AUGGGCGGGGUUCAAUCAAAGGCGAAGGGACUUUGGUUGGCCAUCAAAUACCUCUUCGAACUCAACAAGAGCUUCGAGGAGCUGCUCAAGAGAGCAAGCCAGCCGCCUGGCCUCCCAGUAUCGAACCCGUCACAGUCGUACUGGCUCGAGGAUCCACCCUUUCCGGAGUUAGUCGACAUCAGGUCGGAGGAACUGCCGGAGCAUGCCGACAUCGUGAUAAUCGGCUCCGGGAUCACGGGUGCUGCGGUCGCGAGGUCUGUCCUACAGGAAUGCCAACGCAAAGGAGAAACCCGAAAGAUUGUAGUGUUGGAAGCUCGGACCUUGUGUUCGGGUGCCACAGGGCGCAACGGAGGCCACAUGAAGUCGUCGCCUCACGAGCUCUUUGUGCAACUCAAGAAGAGAUUUGGCCCGGAGCGGGCCGCUAUCAUUACUAGAUUCCAGCUGUCCCAUGUGAAGGUCUUGACAGAGCUCUGCAAGUCCGAGGGUUGGGACAUUGCUGAGUGCCGCGAGGUAACGACCUCGGACUUGUAUCUUGACGAAGAGUCCCGAGUUGCUGCGCUAGGGGAGGUGGAAGAGUUCAGGAAAUGGAUCCCAGAACUGGAUAUUCAGACAUGGGAUGCUCCUGGGGCGCAGAAGGUGAGGAUUCGGUCCAGAUUGAAAUGCUGUACGGUGCCAUGUGUUGACUUGAAGCAGCAUUUCAAAGUGAACAACUUCGUCACGGGCGCUAUUUCCUAUAUUGCUGGAGCACUCUGGCCCUAUAGACUGGUUGCCAGCGUCUGGAAGGAUCUCCUUACCAAGUUCCCAAAGUCGCUAUCUAUAGAGACAGGGACUGCGGUGACGGAUAUACUACCAUGGACCGAUAAUGAUUUUGCUUAUAGAGUUGUGACAUCGCGAGGCGACAUCAAAUGCAGGCAUAUCGUGCACGCUACAAACGGCUUCGCCAGUCAAUAUGUACCGGGUCUUAGGGGUAAAAUGACAGGUUUCGUCGCGCACAUGUCUGCCCAACAGCCUGGCACGCAAUUCCCCGACUACGGUGGGUCUCGCUCCUGGUCUGUUGUCUACGGGACAGCAUACGAUUAUGUUACACAACGUCCAACAGCAGAUGGAGUCCCCGGUGAUAUUAUGCUCGGGGGAGGCUUUUUCCGUGGGAAGGACCAGGGCAUGGCCCAGUCCGGCUACUGGGACGAUAGCAAUGCUGCUAUGGACGCCCUGGCCGUCAAUCAUAUAGGUAACAUUUUCCCGACCAUUUUCGCGCCGCACUGGGGCGAUGAUCGAGAGGGAGGCAGGGUCAAGAGGAUGUGGACAGGUAUCGUGGCUAUCACUGGUGAUUUCCUGCCCUUCGUGGGGAGAUUAGAUCCGAAGUUGACGGACCGCCGGCCGAAAAGCCAGGCUUCGUCUGAGACAGUACCUGCGGGCGAAUGGGUGUCGGCGGGAUAUUGCGGUGACGGGAUGGUAUGGGCUUGGCUUUCUGGGACGGCGCUUGGGGUCAUGCUGAUGGGGAGCGAAAAGGAGGAGCUGCCGGCCGUUCCAGGUCGGCCAGCUGGGAAGGUUGCAGAUUGGUUCCCCCACGAACUGGCACCUACCCUUAAGAGAGUCGAGGAAGCAGAUCUAUCCAAUCUUGCUGGCCGUUUGCUAUAG